AUGAAUUUCUCGGGGCAGGACGUAGAUGUGUUCGGGGAGAGGUAUAGGUCGGAGGAAGAAGAGGAAGAGGAAGAAGAAGAGGGGGGGAAUGGAGUAGGAAGGGGCGGGGCGGAGGAAGAGGAGGAAGCCGAUGAAGGAAGCCGCGGCCACUCCUCCGGGGGUUCGUCGUCUCCGGCUUCUUCCUCCUCCGGCAGCGGGAGCGGGAGCGGGAGCGAGAGCAGCAGUGGGAGCAGUGCCAACGGGAGCAGCAGGAGUAGUGGCGGCGGCGGCGGGGGGGAGGAGGACGAUCAGGAGGAGGACUCCACCGCUGCUGCAAUAGCAGCCGCCGCGGCCGCCGCGAGGGCGAGAGUUGGGUUGGAGAGUAGUGAUGAGGAAGAAGAGGAGAGCGAUCUCUUCGCUCCCGACAAUGAAGCGUACUCCAAGACGCCAGCUACAAGCAACUUCCCCAUUCCUGGUAAGAGUGGGAUGUCGUUUACUAUUGGGAUGCUUCCGACAAUAUUCCGACCUAGGAGAACUUUGUAGUUCGUUCUCUUGGCCCUCUACUAAGUUUUCAUUCUAGAUAUUACGUCCUUACAAAUACAGCGGAAACGUGGAACAUAAAACGGAAAGAUAGAUUCUCUACACUGUUUUUGUCAUGUUUUGCUGAUCGUUAAUGAAAUAAAGACGCUGUGUAUGUAAAGAAAAAAAACAUAUCAUAAUGUUGAAUCUAAACAAAGCUUCUCUCUUGACAAGCUCCAUGUUUGAUUAUUUUUUCAGAAUACUUUGUUUUCGGUGCAAUGGCCUGAAUAUUUCACCCCUAUAUGUUUUCCUUCCACUUAUAACAUUUUUUUAAAAAAAUGAAUCAAGUUCGCUACUAUAAAAAGAGUAUACUUUGUAACUUAACAGUGGAUUUAUUAACAAAAAAAGGUUCCUUUCGAACCUCUUUAAUCAGCAGAAAAGUUGCUAACUUUUGUCAGAAGGAAUAAAUCCAGAAUAUUCUUCCCACAUAUGAUCCUUGAUAGUAUGAUUACGUAGUUAGGUUCACCCAUCUCCAUUCCUUUGGACCAUUGCUCUGCAUAGAACAUGCUAUGUUGCGGAGGUUUAUCAAGUCUUUGAACUCAUAUUGACUAAUCAACAAUUCUUCUCAAUCCAAAUAGGCCGCAGUAUUCCCAGUAAAAGCACAUUCCACCGCACAAACAUUGGUAGAUCUUAAGCUAAAAAUAUAGAGUUCAUUUACUUGAUAAUCACAGCUUCUAAAAUAAUAUUUAUUUAUGCUACUUUGAGAUCCUCUAUAUUAUAGUGAAAACAAAACUCUCUCCUGUUCAGUGACUUGGUAGAUCUUGAAAUAUGACUUAUGUUUGGUUUGAAUUCAUUAGUUAAAUGAUUGGUAUCUCUUAUUCUCACCAAGCAUUCGUGUACAAGGUCAUCUCCCUGAUGUUGAAUUUUCGCUAAGCUCUGCUUUCGUUUUCUCUGCCCGAGGAUGACUAUAAUUACUCUCAUUAAUACAUUUCAGUUCCAUUAGUUGUUUCUGGUGAAUCGUUUAAAAGAAAUUUUCCUUCUAGAAUGAUCUCCUGUACACUCCCCAGAAUGAAGGUUGCUGAACUGACCUAGCUGGUAGUCGAUCAUGACAUAUACAUGCAUUGAGAUUUCAAGAAACUCAAACAAUGGAAGGCACUCAUAGUUUGAUUUUUUUAUUGAGAGGGGGGUCUAGUCUACUGGGGCUAAGAUAGCUUUGAUAACAAUGUCAAAGGAGAUUUUUAAUGUCUCGUGAAAUCUCCCUUUGAGCCAUAACAUCAGCCGGAUGCAGUAACAUUAACUAGUCCCCUGGAUUUAUUAGCUUCUAAUACCAUGAAUUGCUUCCUUGGACUUCCUCAAAUGAAAAGGGAAUGCGUUAACUUUCAACAGGUUUUUGUUCAUCUGGGAAGAUAACAUCUUUUCAUAUGAGGUCUCCCAAUUUUCCUCUUUUAAAUUUUCUGUUAAGGAACUUGACAAAGUUUUGCUGAACUUCUGCCUUGCAUAAGCUGUUUGAGAUCUUUCUUAAAGGUGACAUACCCUUGAUUCUUUUAGCCGAAAUCGGGAGAAACUUAAAAUCUGUCGCUUCAUUCAACUAAUGUUACUUGUUUUAACCCUUCGCAUUCUCUGUUGCAUUUGCACAGUACUGAAUGAUUAUCAUUCUUUAUCCCUUCCACCUGUUUCAUCCCACCCCUGCUUGUUGGAGUAUUCUCUGACUCAGCACAAUAUCUUGCCUGAUGACCCACUCCACCACAGAUUAAGCAUCUGACUGCAUUUCUAUAGUUAUCGUCCUGAAGACAUUCUUCAUGAAGAUAAGAGCACUGAGAUUCUGGGCUAACCUUGUGACAAAAUGAGAUAGUCUGUGAUAGUCUACAAACUUCAGCACCUUUCCAUGUAUGAAAAUCGCUAUAUCUGUAUAGGAGAAAAUAUCCUUGUCUGCAGUCUUGCUAUACUACUAGUUCCCGAUUGUAGCUUGCCACGGUGUAUUCCCCUUGUCUCUAAGUCCUCAUCAUGUGGUGCUUUGUAGCAGAUCCUCUACCCCCCUUGGAUACGGUUGAUCCAAAAAAUUAGUCAAGGAGCUUUAUCUUGUUUUCAAGAUAUGUGGCACAAAAAAAUCGUGGGAAAGCUGCGUCUUGACUUUGUUUGUAAAAUACUGGAAAUCUAGGAUUAGACUCGUUGGGAUGUUCUUGAAUGAGAUUAAUUCAUUUUUCUUUUCUUUUGGUUUUCUCAAGUACUCGUUGCUUGACAUGACACUUUUUAAUUGGAUUUUAUUUCCAGUAUUGCCUCCAGUUCGAAAUACUAGUAAUCACACCAGAGGUGGUUACGGGCGUGGUAGAUGGCAACAGUCUGGAUACUCCAAUGACAGAGGUCCAGCUCUCCUUCCACGACCUGGAUCUUAUCAUCAAAGGCAAGGGUUUGGGUAUGGGUCAAAGUUCUCAAAUGGACGCAAUGAUGAGCGUUUUGUUUCAGAGAUGAAACUCAACAAGAGUGAAGAGACUUUAUCUAGGAAAUCUAUUCAAAUUCAAGAGGUACUGUAGUUUGUCUUUAGUUUACUUUUUUGUUUAACGUACUGUUGUUGGCUGAUAAUCUCUUUAUUGUACUGGACCUGAUUCAAAGCCUUGCGAAAUUGGCUGCUACAGUCGUGUAGAAGGUGGAGACGUCUAUUUUGAUGAUCGCAGUUUGGUAAGGGAUUUGCAAUAUUUCUUUUGGAGGGGUUUUUGUUUUUAUAUGCAUUUGUUUACAUAGCUGAUAAUAUGUUUCUUUUGAAUGAUUGGACCUGGUUGUCACGAGUUUCUUUCUUGUGGCAUCUAUGAUGUUGGGCCCCAUCUUAAUCCCUGUGAUAUAUCUUUAUGGUUACCAUAAAGAGUUUUUUUUAGUAUACAAGUUCGUUCCUUUCUCACAGUUUUUUGACCCAUGCAAAAAAUAUUUGAUGUCUUAUGAACUCCAUUUUUCUCGAUGUUACUUCCAUUUGUGUUGGCAGAGACUUUUUAAGCGCACUGUUUGUGACGACAUUGGUGCAGACCUCAAUGUAGGGUUUGAGUCAUUUAUUGAAAAGAGAGGUAUGACUGUGUUACAUUUAGUUUAUCAGUUUUGUCCAUAAUGUGCAUUGCAAAGAUAAAAAAUAAUUGAGUCGUGAUGUUAAUUACGUGCUCGUGAUAUUUGCGAUACAUUGUCAUUUUUGUCUCUGUUCGCUUGCUUCUGUUCAUCAUUCAUUAUUUUAUCUAGUUUCGUGAAGUUGUUUUUAUUUUUGCAAAAAUUGCGUCUAGACGAAAUGUAAUUCUUGCGAGGAAUAAGAGUUUUCACUGUUAUAUUACUGAACUCAUUCCAGUAACUUUACAUGUGUCUUUAUGUCUACUUGAUCUUUCUUGAAGUGAUUACUAUCCUUCCACUUGUAGACAUGCUGGUCAGUCAUAGCCAGAUCCGACCUGUUGUUUCUGCUUGUCAUGCACAUAAAUCCUUUAUUAUCUCUUGGAGACACUGCAUGAGAAGGAUGGAGAAUCCUUGCCAUAACUUUUACUAGCUGUACAAUGAGCAUGUCCAAAUUAGCUAUAUGAGUGAUGAGUAAGGUGGAAUUGGCAUUGGACAUGGAAAGUGAUUCAAAUGAUUUCGUGGCUUAUGCUUCAUGCAACCCUCUAGGCUAUAUGCAACUCUUGAAAUCUUAUGGUUUCUUUUGAGUGUGUAAUGAUGAAAUAGUGAGUUAGAGUUUUUCUGUGGUGAGGAAGGAGAUAAAUGAAUUACUUGCGAGAUGGUAGGCUUCUAGUAUGGCUUCAAGAAGAUGUCGGACAGUGGAUGAAUCGCCCACUUGUACAUACACUCUUUUCAUAAUUAAUGAUCACAUGGUACUACCCCCUUACAAAAAAUAUAUUUGGGUUGGAGAAAGAGCAGAGAAAAGAACUUCAGUAAAGUGUAGAAAGUGUGCUAACUCAUCAAAUUUUCUUGCUUAAUUCUUUACCAAGAGCUAGUGUUUGAGAAGGCUUUCAACGUGAAGUUGCUUGUAAAGACGAGUAUCCUGUAGCACAGAUACCAGUGACAUAUAAAAGAAAUCUCAGGAGGCUUUUGCGGUAGUUAAAUACAACUGUGGGCAUGUUCCGAGGGUGAAGGCAAUUCCCAAGAAUGGAAUAGGUGGAAGGCACAAAAGGAGCGAAGAAAGGAGGAAGAGAGAGGGAUGCCAAAACGUUUGCCUUUGUUUGUAUAGUAGGAAUGUUGGAUAAUGAGCUCGCAUUAUUCGGUUGUUUGGAGUAAGGAUGUGGGGCUCUGUAGUUGCCUAGUCAGUCUGACUUGAGCUAGCUUGCAUCAGCCGGAUCAGUUUUCAUGAUUCUUAUCCCAGAUGCUUUUAAAAAUCAAUUAGGAUUCUAAAGGCUGUUGAACAAAGAGUUCAAUGCAUAGACCUGAACAGGUUGGAGUUGAUUAGGUUUCAGUUGGUGCUGAUCAGAUUGGGUGCAAUUCACAGUUUGACUUGAUCUUACUUGCUGAACUGAUUUGCCAAUGCCUGGUAAAUUUAUAUAAAAAAAAGAGAUUAACCCUAGAAGAUCAAAAAGUCGGUGUGGGAAACCUGCUUAGUUUCGAUUGAGCAGGUUUUAUCUGACCAAUUCAAUUGGAAAAAUAGGAUGAGGAAGCGGAAAUUGGGUGUAAUGUCUGAAUAAUGUUUUAUUUUUGAAAAUAAGUCCAGAAAUUAGAAGGCUCUAUGCAAACUAGACAUUAAACGGGGAGAUAUGCCUGCUAUUGCAUGAUUUCUCUCUCCCUGAAAAAGAGGGGUUUAUUUACCACUAAUUUUUUAAGAUAUUACUAGGGGCUGAAACUUUGUAACCUUUAAUCUUAUAUGUUAUUGAAUUAUAGGGGCUAAAUCUUUCACAUGAGCUAAUGACCGUACACCUUUGGUGAAUUUCAUUUAACUGAGUGAUAAUCCAAUGGCAGUUUCCGUGUCAAAGCGUGGUUGAUUGUGUCACCCACUUUUCAGCGGGAUAUAUUUUUGCUAAGGUUGCUUUCUUGAUUGGCUCUAUUUGGGGAAGAAGUAACUAGUUUAACUGUUUAAUUUUUUUAUCAACUUGCUUCUGGACACACGUUUUGUACUCUAAUGUUGAUGAAUCAUAGUUCAGAGAACAUUGUGUGUUAAAUAUUGUUUGUACGUUAAAAAUGAUGGAAUGACGUUCUUUAUGUUCAUUCAGAAUGUUUGUUGUUGUUUUGUUAUUUUUCUUGUUUCUAUUUCAUUUUUCCAAAAAAGACUUUUGAAUCAAGGCAUAAUAAUCAGACCCCUUUUAAGAAGAAGAUCCACUGGUACUAGCCAGAUUGAAUGUUCUCAGUCUGACUAAUUUUCAGUUUUACUCUAUUGGAGACUAAGUCAACAUUCGUAAACCCUUCCUCAAAACUUCUUUAGGGUGCCUUUGUCUUCAAGUUCGGAAAACCUGAUGCCGAGUGUGAGGUUCACUGUUUAGACUCAAUUGUACAUCCUUAGGAAGCUUGAUGAUUUAAACGCUGCCGAUGCUUCUGCUCUCUCUCUCUCUUCGUGCUGUUUCAUGUUUGUUUGGUUUAUCAAGGUGUUUGUUUCUGCUUGCUUUGUUUUUCCAUAAUGUUUUUUUUUUUUUGGGUUUGAUAUAUAUUACUUAAAUGGUUUUGGAUUUUUGACAGCUACUUGUCAUGGAAUUAGCAUUGUAACAUGUUAACCUGAUGGUUCAGUGUUCUUAUUUUAUUUUUGAUAAUUUCUGUAAGGGCAAUGAUUUCUGUCUUUUCCAGAGUUCAACUCAGAAGGUUUUGGUGAUCUUCUUUCUUGCAUAAGGAACAAAAAGAUUCCCUUACAAAAUAUCCAUUUUGUGGUAACCUUCCUGGCCUUUGCAAAGUGUUAGUGGUUCAUCUUUCCAUUGAUAAGUUUAUGUUGCCAAUAUGACUAUUUUGUCUAAUUACUGAGUUUGCCGCUGUUAUUUGCUUUUCCAGACUUUCAGGAAUAAUCUGAACAAGGUGAUCAGCUGCUUCCUUUAAAAAAAUGCGUUUCCUUAGUAUGUAGAAGCCUUCUGUAUAAACUUGACGCAUCCCGCAUGUUAGUGCCUUGUUUGUUAAUAAUAAGUGAUCUCCUGGUACCAACUCCCUAGAUACUAGCUACUGCUUACAUCAGACACGAGCCUUGGAAAAUGGGAGUACACAAGCGCAAUGGAGUUGUUUAUCUUGAUGUCCACAAGAUUCCAGAGAGACCACAGAGUGAGCUAGAUCGUCGAAGGUAUUCCCUUUCCCUUAACAUUUGUGUGUUGUGUCAUCAGAAAUCUUCAUUAUUGAUGUCUUUCUUCAUUUAUUUAUAUUUCAGUUCUAAAUGAAGGUAGAGAUAAUAUAUGAACCACCCUGAAGUGAUGGAUUUCCGCUUUUGAUAUUGCUAUCUGAUUGUCUAUGGAGCCUUCUCGUUUUCCUUCAUAGAGUAGGCCGGGGGCUAAAGUUCAUCUGAUCAGAUAAAAAAAAGCAGCUACAAAGACUCAUCACUUGCGACACAUGAAUUGUGAUUGUUUAUGUAGGUUGGAGAAUGAAGCGUAGUGGCACAGUAUAGAGACCGUUUGUUCAUCAAGCAUUGCUUUUUCCCCAGAUUUUGAAAAAAAAUUUGGUCGACCUGAUAAUGACCCAGAUACAACAUAAUGUUACUAGUGUUGAGAAAUCUAGAUCCAUUGAGAACACUGACAUGGAAGAGAAACUUCCUCUGUCAUCCACGACAGAGGGAAGGAACGCAGAAACUAAUACUCUUAGCCCUUUACAAUAUUACCCUUAGCCCUUCUAACAACUAGGACUAUUUAAAAGUUGCUCUUGGUUUUGUAACAUGUAUCAGUUUGCCAUGAUUUUUUAGCCCGGGACACCAUUAGGCUUUAAGAUCACUUUGGAAAUAAUUUGUUGCAUGGAAUCUAUGAUUCCAUAUAGGAACUGCAGAAGAUCCAUUGUUUUUCUGACAGUAAUAAAAACAUUGAACAUUUAUCUGUCACAGAUGUUCAUCAUGCAUAGGUAGCUUUCGCCGGGCUUUCUUGGACCUUUUUUUUUGUGUCUACGGUCAGUUGUCCAUUGUGAUAGAUUUUAUUGAAACACCUUAGUUGCUUGUAUCAUGACAGUUUUCCCUUGCUGCUCUUUCGACGUUAUAUUGUGCUGUUAUAUUUAAAUUUAAAAUACGUGUGUUCAGAACCUACAAAAUCUUAGUAUUAGUAAUUCACUCAUUUACUCAGAUGCUAUUGGGGCUACUCUUUUGAGAAUCUUGCUACUGAAGCCUCCAGUGACAUUGGCGUUGAUGGGCAUGGUAUUGAUGCGAACGUUGAGUUCUGUUCAGUUCUAAGGACCAAACUUGGGGCACACCGUAUUAUCAUGGGUGCUGAGAUGGACUGCUGCGAUUCUCCUGAUGAUGGAAAGAGGUUCUAUGUAGAGUUGAAGACAAGCCGAGAGGCUAGUACACAUUUUUUUCUCCGUCAAACUUCUGAAUUUUGAUGAUUUGGCAUUUUGGAUAGUUAAAAUACCAGUGGGUUUGUGUUUAAUAAAAUUUUAAUAUUAAAUAUUUAUUUCAGUUGGAUUACCAUACCGAAGAGCGAUUUGAGCGAGAGAAACUAUUGAAGUUUUGGGUAAAUAUUUCUCUCAUUCUAGCCAUUGACGGAUGUGCUUGUAGCUCUCUUAACGAGUAACUGAUAUGAAUUUCUGUGCUCCUAGCUCUCUUUAUAUUAUUGGAAACUUCCCUUUAAGCAUAAUAGUUUCCAUUGAGUGAAUUUAGUUGUCAGAAUUGAGCAAUCCUUGUGCAUGUCAAGAUCAGAGUCUUGAAAAAUCACGCUGGAAUAAGUUACCAGCCGUAAGUCUUCUCCCUAGAAAUUUUCUUUUCGUUGCAAAAAUUAUGAUAAUUUUUUGUGUUCAUUUUUUAAAAAGCAAAACAUAAGUAAAUAAUUUGUCGUACUUGGAUUCCAGGUAAUUCGAGAAAGCAUUUCCGGUGGCAAUUCGAAAUGAUCCAUAACUUUUAUUCCCAAUAAUAAGAGUUUUAUUUUUACAGCACAUUUAUGUUCUUAUUAGAGUCUAAAACAACUAACAUUUCAACGAUUAAUUACCCUUGUGUUUUGACUUAAUUUAGUUCGUUUGCAUGCAUGAUUUCUCCUCCCUAUUUGGAAAAAACAUGGAAAUGCAAUCCGUGACUUUGGUGUGGUUCUUCAAUGUCCAAACACUUAUACAUUUAUUCCAUAACUGCAGAUUCAAUCAUUUCUAGCUGGUGUCCCAUAUAUUGUAAUCGGCUUCAGGUAAAUACUUCUCAACAGUUAUCUGUAAACGCUUGGCUCACAUUUCUAUCCAUUUUUGGUGCAUAUAUUACCACCUGCUCUGCAGUGCUAGAGCAUUCUCAUUUGCGCAUAGCGUAGUUGACUUGCUUAUUUUAGUUUCUUCUGAGGAAAGGUGAGCUGUCUUUCCUUCCUCAUAUGAGUGAUUUGUCAGAUCACAAUCCUGUGAACCAGCGUUCUUUGAUUACUGGUACGUUGAAGUUACAAGUAAUAAAACACAUCGACUCUGUAAUGGCCGUCAGACGAUUAAUGAACGCGUAUGCAUGAAAUCAUUUGCUGCAGCAUGUGGUAGACGCCUCUAUCUGCUCAAGCACCUUCGCCCCUCUAUUAAUGGUAUCUAGGAUUAGUUAUGGGUCUCAGCAUUCAUGGGAAGUUGGAUCAAAGUAUAGAUUGGCAAGUGAUACUAUGCUAUAUGAGGAAAAAAAAGCCCUGUUCCACUUAUUUCUAAUCGAUUUCGAGUGGAACACUUUAAUUCUUCAGCAUGAUCUCAGUGAUCUCCAGAUUGGGUUCUCUCUUUGUAUUCUUCACCUGGCAGAGCUUGAACACGUCAGAAAUGGGUAUGAUAGGAGCGUGUGAUUGGAUGUAUGAGAAGACUGAUAGUCUCAUUAUUUACAAAAUCUUCCAGCAAAAUCAUCUGUAUAGUUGUCUAUUCACGGCAAUAAGAAAGAGGUUUUUUUUUUUUUUUUUUUUUGGUGGUGGGGGGAGGCGUGAGGUCUUAUUUUUUAUUUAUUUCUAUAAGCCGUGUGAUCCUAUUUAUUUUUUAUUUCUUCUUUUGGUAAUUGUUUCAUGGGUCUUGCUCCUCUCCGGAUCGCAGGGAUGAUUCGGGUCGGCUCGUUCGCACAGAGAGAUUGACAACUAGAGACAUUACCCACAGGGUGAAGCUAAAGAACUACUGGCAGGUGCAGGAACCUCUUUCUUCACUAUGCAAUUGCUAAAAGAGGAAAAAAACGGAUAACAUCCGAGCAACAGCCAUCUAAACAGCCAGAAUAAUCAUCCGAGAAAAAACGUGCCCUUUUUUUUUUUUGUUUUUGUUUUCUGCAGGGAGGGGUGUGCUUGGCAUUUGCUGACGAGGUCUUAUGCUGGCUUUAUGGGACUGUCAAAGAGAGUUGAGUUUUGUUGCAUCCUCUCUCUCUCUCACUCACUCACUUACUUUCUCUCUCUAGAUUAUUGGGUGAGAUUAACGACGACUGAAGUCCUCCUUGGGGUUGUGUUGCAGAUGAAGAUUACAUACUCCAGUUCAUUCCUCCUUCCCAGAGAUUGGAGCUUCUCCAAGCCCAGUCAUGCCCAGACGCCAUUACCAACCACAUUGCAAAUCUGUAA